CCCACUAUUGCACCAACAACAAGAGGAAGAAGAGGAAGUACACUGCCCAUGGUGGUCGCUCUCUUCUACGCUUUAAUUUGUUAUUUUCCUAAAAUAAUGCACAUAUAUAUCCGACCGGAUACCCCCGCCACCUCCUCUAGCCUCAAAAUAAAACAAUAACAAAGGUCUGUUGCUUGUUGUUGUUGCUGCUGCUGCUGCUGCUGGCCUGGAGAAAAAUUAAAACGCACAAAGCGUAAAAUAGAGAAAAUCUAACAAAAAACCACCAUGUCGUGGUUUAAUCCGUGGGACGGGCUGAAGACCAAAAUGUGUCGCUACCUGCUGCAGCGAUACUUGGGCCAGUUCUUUGAGAAUAAUCUGAACCUAGAGCAGCUAAAGGUGGACCUGUACAAUGGCAAGGCCCUGGUGGAGGACAUUUACCUCAAGGUCGACGCCUUCAACGAUCUGUUCGAGGACCAGGGCUGGGCCUUCGAAGUGGUAUCAGGCCACAUAGGCUGCCUUACAGUCGUGGUCCCCUGGAACGCACUGAUGACGAACGACAGCAGCCUGGAGAUAUCAAACCUGACCAUAACCCUGCGCCCAGUUACACGUUUUCAGAGUGGCACCACCAUGCUGGAGUCCAUGUGGUCAUCAGUCAGUAGCUCGAUGCAAAUGGCCGAGGAAUGCAUGAAGCAGCAGGACGAUGACGUGCCCUUCCUCAACCACAACAAUGCCUUGAUUGGCUUGGAAAAGUUUGCAGAGACUAUUGAUAAUGUCCUGAACAGGAUACGCGCCAAGCUGACCAACACAACGCUGAACAUAGAGUACCUGCUGCCCAGAUCCGAUCGCAAGCUGGUCCUCUCCUUCAAGGCCAACCAUGUGGACUAUGUGAACAAAACGGGCUACGAAAUGCCAACUUCGAUUUCCGUGGACCCCGAAGCCGAGGAGGAUCCCAAUAACACCUUCAACGCCCUGCCCAUGAUUGCUAAGCACAAUCUUGUGAUCGAAGGCCUGAGCCUGCACACCUCUGAGGCGCUGGAUGCUAUGGGCCACCGGUACGAGCCCACGCAAUAUGAGCAGCUGUGCAAAAUAGUGGAGUUGAAGGGUGCCCAGAACAUCCAGAUCAAUGUCAAGCAGACGGAGAACAUUGUAGGUCCCAAGGUCAGUCUGGAACUGAGUCUGGACGAUAUCUACUUCAUGCUAACCCCCCGCCAAAUACACCUUCUUGUCGAGCUCUCCAAGGGCUUCAAUACUGGCGACGGUGGACAGCAGGAGAGGCCCAAGAAGCCGAGUCGAAGCUUAAAGUCCCAUUCGGGCAGCGAGUUCCAGUCCCAGCAACAGCAGCCCACAAGGAUGACUGGAAUCCUGGGUCAGAAUGCCGACUGGUCGACUGGCCUGAAUGAGCCAGAGCCCUCGGAAUACUCCGGCUAUGGCAACGCCCCCCGGAGCCUGUAUUCCCGCAGUCGAAAGAUGAGCGAGUCCACCAACAGCAUGGUGACCUCCUGCACUAAUACGCUCCAACAGGAGCUGGGCUACACGGAGAAGUCCGGCGAGAUACUCAAGUUCAAGGUACAGAUCUCCAAGCUGUACGGCGUGGCGUUGCACAAUGACAUCCUCAUCCAGAAUACCGCGAAUAUCGACAGCUGGAGCACUGUCUUCGAUCACGCCAGCUACGUGCGCUACUCUGAAACGUCCAGUGGCUUCUUCAUGGGCACCCUGCUGGAUAACGAACUGCCGCUAGCGGAUCAGAAGUACCUGUUGCUGAGAGCGGCUCCCAUUCUGGUGAGCGGAAGCCAGCAGCGCUUCUUCCAGGAGCUCACAUCGCGGACUACGCUCUCGGCCACUGCUGUGGACUUCUGUGAAGUCCUCGACGGCGUAAAGGAGUACCUGCUGCAAUUCGAUCGCCAAAGAAACUGCCCGGAUGGCUACCACAUCCGACCGGAGAUCGUGCUCACCCAGAGCUCCAUCUCGAUGUUCAAACAGAACCACAAUCGUUGCACAAACAAAAUCGAGUGCAUCCUGGACGAGUGCACUGCCGAGCUAGAUGUCUCCAUUUACGAUCGACUGAGUGCACUUUUUGGCGGCUCUCCCUUCGCCAGGGACACCAAUCAGCCGGACACCUAUCCCGAGGAUCCCAGCCAAACGGAACUGAGUGUCAAGUGUGAAAAUUUGCGGCUUCAUUUACGGUUUCCGGUGAUAGAUGGACGAGAAGCGAACGAUCCGCAGAAGAUUCCUUGGUGGUGCAAGAAUGUGCGACGAGAUUUCUUGGCCCUGGAAUUCCGUGGCCUGGUGGUCAGCUCGAGAUCUCAGAUUAGCAUCGUGGCGGACGAACUGGAUGUUUUUUACUGUGAUGCGGACAAGCAGAGCGCUGCGCAUCUGCUGAAGUGCCAGCAGACCCAAAAGAAGAUCCAAAUCGAUGUGCUCCAGCUAAAGGAUGCCAACCACGGGCAAGGCGAUGGCCAGCGAAAGCCACUCAGGAAGUCGCCCUUCAGUUCCAAAUGUACCUUCGGCUACACCUCCCAUGUGGAGGGCCUUGACGGUGGCGUGGAGAAAACCGAUGCCUUCUUGCCUGGCGAAACGGAGGAGAUCAACGAGUUCUGCGACAGCUGCACCCAAUCCUCCGCACUGAAGAUCUUCGCCUUUGUGCCGCAGGUCAAGGUGGUGCUGGAGUCCAAGAGCAUGUAUGAGCUGAUCUACAAUCGCUUGAAUUGCGAUCUCUUCAUGUGGGAGCCGCGGUCGCCGCACUACAAUUGUGAGCCAUUUUCGCGCAAGGAUUCCAGCUCGGAGUCCCAGCCGGAGGAGGAGGACGAGGACCAGUUCCGCCGCAAUCUGCUGCUGAGCACCAGUACCAUGGAAAGCAGCAUAUACUUUUCCAUGGCAGAGCCGGCCACGCCUGCUCCGGCACCUGCUCCCACUCCAAAGGUGAGCAGCGAUGCCUUCUCCUUCGAGCUGUUCGUGGAGCAAGGUUCGCUGAUCCUGUUCUCCCACCUCCUGGACCCGGAGAGCAAUCAACGCGGCAAGGAGUGUGGCAAGUUCCAGGUGAACGUGAAGGAGCUGCGACUGUUCACGGUGAAUGGUUUGGACAACGAUCAGAACCGGAGCUUCUUUUGCAUUCAGUUGGGCGAAAUAGAAGCCCUACACUGCGGGAACACUCUCCAGGACUUGGCUCUGGCCUGGAGCGAUCUGCCGGACGAUAACUUGCUGCUCACGAUCCACAAUUUCCCGAGGGUGGAGGGCAGGAAGCGAUCGGAAGUUCUUUCCCUGGUGGCGGAGAUCAAAAAGCAGCCGGAGCAGCGCAUCAAGCGGAUGAAGAUGUCCUUCGGCAUCAGUGGCGCCAUUCUGCGGCAUCAUUCCUGCCCCUCGGAGCACAGCUGGUUGAACCAAUUGAUGGACUUCAUUGACGUGGCGGACUACCCCAUCGAGGAGUACGAGCCAUUCGCCCUGGUCUCUGAGCUGCAGCUGCACGUGUGGAACGCCGGCAUCGACUAUCGUCCCAAGUUUUUCCCACAGCGUGCCUUCCUGGACCUCGGAUACUGCACGCUGAGCAGCAACAUCAUCUCCUCGAUGAGCGGCUGCACCCUCCGUGUGCUCGCCGAGGACUGCAUUCUGCAGCUGGGCGCGGUGAACGACGCCUCCACGGAGUGCCUUAUACCGGUCCUGAAUCUGGGCCUGCUGAACAUAUCCUUCCGCCUGAACGAGGAGGACAAGGGGCAGCCGCGCGUGGACCUGCGCUUCUCCAUUCACGAUAUGCACCUGAAGACCUGCUACGACUCGGGAGCGGCGCUGGCUCAGCUGAUAGGCUACGUGGCCAAUGAUCGGGAUCUGACGGGUCUCGAGGAGGCCCAAACGAAUGAGGAAAGCAAGCUGUCGGAACCCAAGCAGAACGAGGACCAUGAGGUCAGCGAUCUCACCCAGAACCAUGUCAACAAGCUCAUGGCCGAGGCCGUCAAGGAUGUGGAUUGUAGUUCUCUCAAUCCCCGACUGGGUAAUCCUCUGGGAGGCCGCGAGGAGGGCAUCGAGAUCUUCUACUUUCCGGACGAGCCGAAGGAGAAGAAGAAGUCCACACCGGCCAAGAUCCAGACCACAUCGCUCAUGGCGGAGAGCCCCUCGGUCAUCGGCGACAUUCUGGACUUUGAAUCAAAUGUGAUCAUGAAAUCCUACUACCAGCAGAGCCAAAUGGAGCACGACAUCUCGCUGGGAACGCAGGUGCAGCAGGAGUUGGGCUCGCUGGACAUGGCCAACGCAUCGCUGGAAGAGCGCGGCUUCGAUGUCAUCCACGAUGAGGAGAUCUCCCGCAUGGACAAGUUCGGCAUCAAGCAGAUCUUCAUAUCCGAGGACCCCCUCCAGAUCGUGGACAACCACUUUUGUUUGCCCCACGAGAAGGUGGACUUGCUGCGACCUCCUGCCAAUUUUCCGGUGGCCGAGAGCAGCUACACCUUGUGCGAGAUGACCUUCACCUGGCACUUGUACGGCGGCCGGGACUUCCCCGAGCAGGCUCCGCAGAGGUCGCCGGCGCCCAGUGGCUCCGGCAUGUCGGAAACGUACAAGUACGGGGUGUCCCAAGCCCAGGAGCAGGAAAAGCAGGAGCGGAAGGGUGCCAGGAAGGGUCUGCCCAAGGAGCCAAAGGGCUCCAAGCGCAAUCUGGAAGUGCUGGUGGAGAUGCAGCUCUCAAAGAUCCGAUUCUCGUACGAGACUUAUCCUUCCACCUCCAUGUACUCUUCGCGGCAGGUGCUCCUCAUUUCGGAGAUAGAGAUCCGGGACAGACUACGCUCCUCGGACAUCAACAAGUUCCUGUACCAUCCGACGGGCAACAACCUGUCCCACAAGCCGGAUGAGAACAUGGUGAUAGUGAAGGCUCUGAAUGUGCGCCCCAAUCCGCAGAAGAGCUCUGACGAGGAGUGCUCCCUAAGGGUCUCCAUUCUGCCCAUCAAACUGAACAUUGACCAGGACACUCUGCUCUUCCUGGAGGAUUUCUUUUCGGGUAUCUUCAAGAACUCGGCCGGUGCUGGAGGCGGUGCCUCCAAAGCGGAGGGCAGCAGCUCAUCCGCUAGUGAUAUGCCUGUGAUGUCGGUAAGCAAAUUACCGGAAGACUUCGAAGAUGACUUGCCGGAUUCGGAGGUCAAGGAGAUGGUGGAGAGGAAUCUGAAUGUGCUGAUCGAAGAGCACAGCCUGGAAGCUGAGCCGGAACUGGAGGAGGAAUCUGGAAGCGGAGCGGAGGCCCCGCCAACCUUCUUCCGCGAGGUGAUCUUCAGCCCGGCCCUGCCCAUUUGCUUCGAUUACCAUGGACGCCGGAUCGAACUGUCGCGCGGUCCGGUCACCGGCUUGAUCAUGGGACUGGCCCAGCUUCAGGGUUCCGGGAUCUGUCUGCGGGAAAUCGUGAACCGCCGCGGCAUCCUCGGAUGGGGCAAGCUGUGCGAGUUUCUGGCCAAGGAGUGGCUGAAGGACAUCAAGCGCAACCAGUUGCCGAAUAUACUUAGUGGCAUUGGACCAACCAAUGCUGUGCUCCAGCUCUUCCAGGGCGUCUACGAUCUUUUCCGGCUGCCCAUCGAGCAGUACAACAAGGACGGACGCAUCAUCCGGGGAUUCCAGCUUGGCGCCCAGAGCUUCACCGCCCGCACUGCCUUGGCUGCCCUGGAGAUCACCUCCCGGAUUAUACACCUCUUGCAGUUUACGGCGGAGACCACUUUCGACAUGCUUUCCGCCGGUCCUUCGCUGAAGAAACGGAAGGCCGGCCGGCAGGGAAAGAGACGCCGACAGGGAAGGCCCAAGGACCUGCGUGAGGGAGUCGCCAAUGCCUACACCAUAGUCCGGGAAGGAAUCAACGAAUCGGCCAACACCCUCAUAGAAGCUGCCAUAACCGAACACGACCAGAAGGGAUACAGCGGCGCCGUGGGUGCGGUGGUGCGUCAGAUCCCCCAGCUGGUGGUCUGUCCGGCGGUGCUGGCUACCCAGGCCACCACUAACAUCCUGGGCGGGGCCAAGAGCUCCCUGGUUCCGGAGGCCAAGCUGGAAGCGCGGGACAAAUGGAAGCAGGAGAUCCAUUGAGGGAAUUAGGCUAAGUAGCUUUAGUUUCGGGGUUAGUUAACCAACGUAAUCUAACAAACGUUUUUUAUCGUUUUACUAAACUAAAAAUAAAUACUAAUACUGUACAUACACGAAGUACAAGCACAAGGCGGGACUACGGAUCCUGAAAGAUGAUUCCGGAAUGGGUGAGAUUGAACUUAUUCUGUUUUAGCCAUACUACAGUUCAUCAAAGUUAUAUUUUUUUAUUAUUUUACCUAAAUAAAAGUGAAUAUGAAAGUAAA